AUGAAAGUUUUCAGUGUCAUCGCGUGUCUUUACGCAUCCUCAUUGGCUUCAAAGCCGCCUCAGUUUCACAAUUCAGCAAACCAUCCUGGAGCCGAUCCUCAUGUGAUCUACGACUACAAGACAGGCCAAUAUUAUGCUUACUCUACAGAGGGGGCAGACCCCGGCAGCCUGUUUGCAAUCUACAGCAGUCCAGAUCUGUCGACUUGGCAUAAACACCCCGGUGGUGUGCUGAGAGCGUGCUACGAUGAUGACAUGAACCGCAUCGAAGCUGGCCAAGCCUGUUGGGCGCGUGACUGGUACUGGGCUCCCGAGACAUAUUACAACGAGAAAACCGGGUGGUACUUUUUCUUCUUUGCUGGCCGGUUGCGGGAGGACUUGGCAAAGGAUUACUUCCGAUACUCGGACUUUGAAGAGCCGUCUAAAAUUGGCGUGGCUGUUUCUCGUUCGCCGACAGGGCCGUUUAGGGAAAUUGAGUCUAAGCCGAUUGACUACUAUCCUUUCGAUCCGGACUACCACGAUGUUAACCUCAUCAUGGACGAAAAGCAGAUGCUGCCUCCUCAGAGUCUUGCGGAGGGUAGGACAGCGCCGCAGGGAACAUAUAUCCCUACCAUUGAUGUCAACAUCUUCUUCGACCAGGAUGAGCGCAUUUAUCUGUAUCUCUCACGGAAUGCAUAUAGAAACUGGAAUUGGGAUAAGAAGUUGGGCAAGUAUAUCGAGGAGUCUAAUAUCAUCGUUGUGGAGAUGGAACGAGAUUGGUGGGAUGAUCCAAAGGCAUCGACCAUGCCAGAAAUCAUCGCCUCGCAGAGGAACAUUCAUGCAAAGGAUGCGCCAAAGCUUCCCUCGAACAUCACUUCUUACAAUGGCACUGGUGAGAUUGGAUCACCACCUCGCAAAGACGGCUGGAAGACUGUUAUUUCCUAUGGCGCUGAUCCUCAAGAAUGGGAGAAUUUUCACGUCGACGACUAUAAGAAGUACAACGGCACGAAGAAAGAUCGUCGUUGGGCUGAAGGGAGCACUACCAUCACAAGACCAGGCAAGGAUGGAAAGCCUAUUUACCUUCUAACGUACAGCGCCAAUAACUACGAGGCGUCGAAUUACGGUGUUGGUUUCGCCACGGCAAGGUCCCCAUUUGGUCCAUUCCGAAAAUCUUCGAAAAAUCCCAUCCUUUCGCAAAAGCCUGACGCUGAAAUUCCGAUCUACUCAACUGGCCACGGUAGCAUUGUUGCUUCACCUGCUAAGCAUAACAAGAAAGUUGGCGCACAGGAAGUCACGCUACGAACACCUCCUGGUGCUGAGCUGUUUUAUGUGCAUCAUGCCCGCAACAGCACCGAGCAUGAUCGUUCUAUUUACACGACUCGAAUGACACUCGAUGAGUCUGCCGUUUACUUCGGGUCUAAUGAUGCUCUAAGCAUGGAUCUUACACCACUGGAUCAGCCUUUGCCGAAGAACACAUAUCCCAUUGGGCUGGAAGCUAGGUGCUCUGAUUCGAAGAAGAGAGGGUGUGAAUAUCACGUUCGUGUUGAGUCCAAGCCAGGAGCUCCUUUUGAUAUUGUUGAGGAAACGAACAGAGUUGUUGGACUGCCUGUAAAUACAGUAGCAACGUCUGUGAAAGCUGACAAGCGUGAAGGCUCGUUUAUCUUGUCUUUCGGCAACAAGUUUGUGAAAGAAUUGGCUUACCAGCGCUUGAGUGUUGAUGGAAGUUGGUCAACAGUCACAAAGAAGAGAGCCACCUGCAAAUAG